CAAAACAAAAGGAAAAAAUGCGGAGCGCAAAACAAAAACACGUCUGAUCACUACGAAAGAUAAUCGGAUGACUUCUUACUUCUUCAGUGCCACCACCGAGUGGAUAUUCGAGAUGCUUGGCCAGAAUGACGUCAGCUUGCUGUAUAUGAUGUUCAUCCCACUGGUUUUCAUCAUGGGUGUGCCGUACUAUGACUGUGAGAAAAUUGGACUUGUGGUGGCCGAGAAGACGUUCAUCAACGAGUUCGUGGGCUACAAGCACCUGGGCGAAUUGAUCAAAGGCAACAAAGUUGAUCAUCGGAGCGCUGCAAUCGGCACAUUCGCCCUCUGCGGCUUCGCCAAUCCGGGCUCCCUGGGCAUCCUAAUAGCAGCUUUGAGCGCCAUGUCUCCAUCCAGACGCUCGGAUAUAUCGCGAGUAGCGGUGCGUGACUUCUUUGCUGGCAGUUUGUCAGCUAUACAACGGCAUCAAUUGCUGGUAUUCUUAUUCAAGAACGUGACAUGGAUACUAUAAACCAGAGAUUUGAUGUUCGAAGACUACUUAUUUACUACC